AUGGCGUCAUCCUCGUCCCAGCCCUUUGGCUCAUGUAGCGAGAGAGAGUUUGUAGAACAAGCUGUUGGUGUCUGCGAGAAGAUCUUUUAUAUGGAAUUGGCAAGGAAUCUUACUGCAGAUUGCCGGUAAGGAGGAAAAGCUUUCAUUUCUGUAAAGGAGAUAUGAUUUUUGUUUUACUGAGCAGUUACAAAAUAAGAACGAAUACUUCUUGUCAUCAAACUCAUAUUUUCAUAAGGGAUCUUUAACACUGGUGCCUAAACAAGUUUUGGUUCAAAUUUUUAAACUGUAGUAUUCCUUCUGCUUUUUCGCUCUUUGCCAAUAUAUUUUUUAUUCAAUCAGUGAGAGACGAGAGAGAUUUAAAUCAUUGUUUAUUCACGACAAAGAACGAAACAAACUCACCGGAAUACAUGACGUAUCCACACCAGAAUAAUUAACACUUUACCGUCUAUGGCUGAACGGGUUGAAAUUUUCCACGUUUUUCUCCAAACAGCACGGUGCAUGCGCAACUUUCAGCAUGUUUUGUUAAAAAGACCCGCCAGUGCCUUGGAGGAUACUUCAGUGAGGACCAAAUAGACUAUGCGGUCAACAAAACAGCGCUGUUCUUAAGGCAAACUGGCUCGCCUCAGUGGUACUGCUCUAAUAAACCAACCAAUAUGUCAUCCUUGGAUCCAGACCUCAGACAGCAUUUUCCCUGCAGUGAUAAACUCUUCGCUGAGGGAUACAAAUGUACGAAAGACUUCAGAGAAAUCUUCAACACUAACAGGAGUGACCCCAGAUUGUGCGGGUGAGUAUCUUGUAUAGGAAACUUGAUGUGUCACCUGCGUGGUUGAGAUACUCUCUGUGUUACAGUGAUGCAUAGCCUUGCCCGAACAAGAAAAAAAUUGGUUUUUUUCACAAAAAGCGGCGAUUUUAAUCUACAUUCAGUCGUUGAAACUGUACGCGUUUCAAGACCUUCUUGAGUAUGUUUAACCUACAAUAUAAUUUUCAUGUGUCUGUUUGUUUGUCUUUUCAUGAUAAAGAUAAUGUGAUAAGCCAUUCAGUUCUAUAAUCCUCAGCCCAGGGUACUGUAACAGUAAGAAAUGAACAGGCUUUCUUUCAAGGGUGUUGACUUUGUUCAACUGGAUAAAAUUAUUGAGGAAAACAAAUUAAAAGGAAAAUGAAUAAAUAAAUGAAUAAAAAAAAAACUAAAUGGACAUGUAUAAUUCUUGGGGUAUGAGGCAGAAUUUCAACCUUGUUUCUGUAGAUUAAAGAUAUAACCUAACAUACAUUUAUCUCGUAAUUUUUCUUCAGAGCUUUUUCUGCGGCCAGGAAUUGCACACAGUCAGUGUUUGAUCGUAAUUGUAACGGUAGCAUUCAGGUACCAUCUGAAAACCGGUUCAACCCGUUUUGCAAAAACACUGGAAAUGCAACCGUUGUCGCAUAUCAAGCCCCCGAAAAAAUAGACACUAACGGGAAUUGUACGCAAACGGUCUUUGAUCGUUUCCGUAACGACACCAUGCCCGUACCAACGCAAAAUGAGUUCAACCUGUUUUGCAAUAACACUAGAAAUGGGACCACAAUCGUAUAUCAAGCCUCGAGGAGGCCAGAAAUCAGCGGUGCACGCAGGAACAUAAAAUCGCUUUCAAGGAUGUUGAGUAUUACACUCGCAGUGCUGAAUGAUUUUGUGAUAAGGGGUUUGGGGUCGAACUGAAAGACUGGAUCCUGGACUGGAUAGUAGCAAAAAAUGGACGUCAGAUUUUAAAUUUGACAGCUUAGCGUUGUCCAAAUCAUUUUGAGUUAUCUUUUUCUGAGUUAAGAAAUCAUAGAAAGAAAUCAGUAAUGGACACAUUGGGUUCGGCAUGGAAUACCACAGUAAUCUGAUAAAAGUUGAUGUCAAAAACCCAUAGAUUAAGUUACAAAAUAAAGGAGAAUCAUCGUCCUGUCCUUCCUGUGUCGUCCUUUGAAUCUUUAACUUUAUUCUCUUGUAAGGUUCAAUUUUAGUGUAACCAUAAUGUUAACAUCUACCUUAGGAAGAGCUGAGAGAUCGAUGUCGAUACUACACACAAGAAACCUGUGCUUUACUCCAUUUCAUUUCACCGUUUAAAAAUUUUAAAAUUCCAUCUUGCAGCAUUAAACAUAAAAAUCAUAAUAUUUAUUCCAUCUAGCAACAGUUACCAAGAAUGGCUAAUUACUCUUAUUUAAUCUCUACUUGACUAGUUUAGAAUCGAUAAAGUAGGCAACUCUGUCAGCGAGCCAUAAGUCUGACAUAAAUAGAAUGGGCGUCUUCAAUGCGGCAAUUUCAAAAGCAAAAUUUAGACAAACAAAAAAAAAACAAUAAUGAUAAAAAAGAGAAGGUUUUUUCUAGAAUGCUUCUUUUAAAUUGUUGUUUUGUUGUUAUGUCGAGUAGUACAAUAGCUCUCCCGGCUGCCAUGGACAUGGCGCGACGGCUGCUUAGAGACCACGUGUAUGACGUUAAUGAACUACUCCAAGACAAAUCAUCGUGACGUUAAAAAUCUAAAUGACUAAAAACACUCUACAAUUUAUCGUUAGUAAAAGUGGACUGUACAUAUUACUUGGCCAUCUAUGGGUUACAUGAUCGAUAUAGGCUGUCAAGCCGUGCGGCUGAUAACUACGGUAGGGCAAAUUAUUGCAUGAUGUGAGGGCGAUACGGGUGUUUGAGCACUGACAAUGAUCUUAUAGAAAUGAAGCGGAUGCAACGGAUCACUGAAAAAUUGUUUAUGUGAAUAUCAAAAUCAUAAGUUGUUUACGCAUAAAGAAUCACGACAUUGAUUGAAAACAUGGACGCCAUCUUAUGGGUUUACAGUCAUCAUCUGUUAUUUUUCUAAUUAUGUUUAAGACCUUUGCUGUUGGUUGGAUUUUCUUUUUAUCAGGUGAGCUAAACGCCAUUAGAGCCAAACUAAACUUCAUCAUUGCAUAUAUGUGAGCUUCGCCAUUGCAUAAAUUUUCGAUACCAAUUUGAUCCCCUAAUUCGCUUUGACAUAAAGAUAAAAAUUGCAAGACGAGGAAAAAUGACUCAGAACAGAGCGAUUGUAAGAGACAAAUCUCUAAAAAACGCUGCAGACGGAAACGGACCUAAUUAUGGACUCGACUCUUUCCGCUUUUAGCAUAUUUAUGCUGAAAUUAACAGUGCAAGGUCUACAUUUUUACCUCCCCCACGGCUUGUUUUUAAUAAUGAUCACAGUCUGAUGUUCCUUUAAAAUACUGAAUAUAUGAUAUAGCCAAAUCGUCAGGUUAUUAUAAAAGACAUUUCGAUAAAUCUUUCAUGACAAUCGGCAUCGUGUCUAAGCCAAGUUGUUCCGCCGUUCCUCCUGUUCUGCCGGAGCUGUGUUAAACAUUUGGAGUAUAGAAAUCAGCUAAACAAAAUAUUGUUUGAUAUAAGAAUCUCUACAUUCGUUUGUUUCACGAAGCUUAUUGAAAUUUAUUUUUUGUUACCGCGUCUUCUACCCAAAGCUGUUUUAUUAGAAAGAUGCAGCGGAUUACAAAUGGUUGGAAGCUGCACUUUUCAAGAAUACAUUGACAAGGCUCGACAAUGUACGACGGCGUUUAUUGCAGAUCUACAGAAAGAUCCUUUUGCGGAUUGCAAGUAAGGAGAAAUCAAAAGCGUUUGUUGGAGUCUGGAUGAAACUUGAAUUAUUUAGUGUUAAAUGGUCUAAAAUAGUAACCUUUAGCUCGAGAAUUGCAUAACCAUUUACUCUUAAUCCUUCAACUCCAGUGAGUGAUUAGGAAAGAAUUUCUCUUUACUAGAUCUAUACAAUAUCAUGCGGACAAGUGAUGAAAAUAAAGAAAAAUAUCAAUUAUGGAAUUAUUAUUAGUUGAUCCGAUACCAAAUUCUCCAAACUAACAUAAUGAGAAUCGUUUGACAGACAAUGAGGAGAAUUACUAAUGAGAUCUUUGGAGUUAAAGUGUUAAGUUCUCCCUUAAGACGCAGCUCACUUUCUUUAUUAGGCUGACAAGUUCGACGAUAAACACACAAGCGAUCAAACAUUCAUUUAUUAUAAGAAAAAAUGAUGAUCAAACAAAUCUCAUAUAACACGUAUAUCUUUUCAUAUCACCUGUUUGUUAGAUUAAAAAUGCAUCGAUACUUUAAAGUGAAGCUUAAUUUUGAUCACCUCUGAGGGUAUAAAAGUAAGGAAAGGUGUCUGGCUGAAGAAUAGUAAAGUUAUAGAAAGUGAUGAAAGAAUUCCAAAUGGAGUCAGAAAAACAUCAAGUCACUGUGUGAGGGAGAUCUUCCGUCUCACAGAGAUCUUCCGUCUCACAGAGAUCUCUGUCCGUCUUGAAAAUGGUGGAAGUCGUGGACAGCUCAUUACUUAUCGGGGGGAGGGGAGUGGGGAGAGAUCGGUGACGAAAUUCACCAGAUCCUCUCAUAAGGCUCUCUAAUACUUUUAUGAUCCCCUUCAUAGGCAGUUAAUUGGCAGUCAAUCGACUAUACUUCCCCCUUAUACUCUGUUGGCGUUGACUAAUUCCACCUCAGCUCCUCCAUGAAAUCCUCGCGAUCUUCCCCCCCCCCCCCGAAAAAAAUUAUAUGAUCCUCAGCCUUUACCCCUACCCCCGUCCAGGCGACAAAUAGCGACUGUUCCUUUAUAUUGAUUGACCUUGAUGUUGUUUUAGUUGUAAGAUUCAUCUGACAGUUUACAUUCUGUUCUUCUGAACCCAGAAUAAUUUAUGACAGAAUGGUGGAGUGUACCAAAGAUUACGUAAGAGAUUGCGUUAGAGGCCUUGUACCCGAUAAUGAUAUUGAAGCCUUUUUAACGGAGGCAGCUAAGCAACUGAAAUCUGAAGACUUUUACUGCAAGGAUGGAUUGUUUUCCAAGCCAAUUCUGAUAGACGAACAGAAAAAAGAAAUCCCAUGCAAUGACACAUUUUUCAACGAAUCCAGAGUAUGUGGAGACACAUUUCAAACGAAGUUUAGGAGAAACAGGGCUGACAAAAGUCUUUGCAAGUAUGUUCAAUAUUUGAGAAAGUAUUCUUGGAUUGUAGUGCUGAGAAAUUAAAUGUAGAGAGGAAGGCGCUAUUUGGUUGCACUGAAUGUUACAAAACAUAAUAAUAAUACUAGCUUUAGAUAGUGAGUGAUCAAACAAAAUGAAUUUUUUUUCUCUGCAUUACAUUCUCCUAUGCACCUCACCUCAAAAUUCUUUGGCGUAUUCGUUGAAUUCAAGAUUGAAGACGUUUUACUCUUGACUUAAAGACUUUCUUUUCACUAAUUUUUUUGUAUUGUCAUUGUUGUCAAUAAUCAUGUCAAAUUUAAUGGCUCAGAAUAAGCUACUUACACUCAAUUUAUAAUCAUAUUUUCAUUCAUAGGGAAUUCACGGCCGCAAAGUCAUGUUUAAAGGAAGCAGUCGAUCAACAUUGUCAAUUUGACGCAGACGCAGCGGAAAUAUUACAACCGGCCUUUGAUGGGUACAAUCCAUUCUGUAUUGUUUCAUCCGAGGAGGAAGGUGAGAUAUCAUCAUAGGCGAUAAACAAAUAAACAAACAAACAAACAAUGUUCAGACACUCUCUGAGGAUACUUUUUGCUAACUGCGUCAUAAUAUCAUAUGCGAUAAUUGUCGCUUGAAGAAAUGAUGUAAAAUGACCUUCUAGGAAUCAAAGCAUGCCAGGAAACAGAGUUUCAAUCAAAGAGCUGAGAAUAAGCCAAAAAAGGGUGAAAAGCAAGGAUACGGAUUGGGAAGAAACAGUUAUUUGGAGAACAUAAAAACCUCACGUCAAAUUAAGACAAAAAAUCCUUGACUUUUCUCCUGUCUUUAACAGGAAUGUAUCUCGUCCCUCAAAACCUGAACACAACAAUGAUUUGGUCAGAGCCUCUCAAGAUUAUCAUUAAAAAACUGAUAAUGAUAAUAUAGCUAUACUGAUAAUCAUACUGAAAACAAUAAUGAUGAUGACAACGAUAAAAUUAAAACGACAUACAGUCCAUCAAAGCAAAAGGUACAUGGUUGAAAACGUGUUCUACUUUGGUUGAGAUCCCUUGAUCUAAUUAUUGCCUUUUUCCUUUUUUUUUUGUUGUAAUAAUCUGAUUGACAUUUGGUGAACUGACUCAACCAGAUGAAGAUGAAGGUUAUUAUUUACAGGACGCUCAGUUGUUUGAUCAGUGUUCUAUGAUCGCACAGCUGAACAGAACCAGACAGUGUAUUACACUUUUUGUAAGAAGCCUACAACAAGAUCCGCAGGGAAACUGUAGGUUCGUGUCAAGUACUUUGUGAUUGAUUAAUUUAACAAAGACUUAGGGAAAUGUCGGUAGAUAUUAAUGUCAAACAUAGCAUCACUGACGAGAGUCAAACAGUCAGCAAAUACAGUGACAAUAGUAACAACAACCACAACAAUAACUCGCUGUUUCGUUUUGUUUUGCUUUUUUUUUCAACUCGUUUUAAGGAGUUCACAUAUAGUUAAUAAACCCGAUUUUAUUUUUUCCCGUAAUUUCAAUAUUUUUCUGUCAGUGCCGGAUUAAAAUAAGCGUUUCAAAGUUAAAAUUAGUAUUAACUUAUCCAUUUAAGGCAAGGAAUAGAACGUUCACUUAUUUUUAGCAAAAUUAUUUUCGUGUGCUUGGGGAGAUAAACAUAUUUAUUCGGAGGUCGUUCAAAUCUUAAUUCGUAUUUACUAGAUUGGUCUGUGCGGAACACGAAUAAUUCUUAUUCUUUUCCCUUCAUCCAAAAGCGUGAAAUACAUUUACAUGCAAGACUGUAUUGUCUGCAUGCUCCGAUCCUGUCUUCAGAGGUAUGGAUUCAUCUCUGAAGCUGACAUUGAAGUACAAGCUGAAGAGUCCUUGAAUCGCACAAACCCCGAGAAUUUCUAUUGUCGCGGCAUGUUAGAGGCACCAAAAGCCUCCUCGGAGGAUGAAGAUCUUCAGUGCGAUGAAGGCUUCUUUGAGGAAGAAGUAAAAUGCCUAAAGGAAUUCAACGAUACUUUUAUUGGCAAUGUUUCGGAUCCGACCCUUUGCAGGUAGGAAUAACGCCAAUGAAAAAUCGAAUAUAAAUUUUGCAGCACGAGAUUUAGACGUUCAUAAUUGGCGCUCAAUCUUACAAAAAACAUGAAAGAGUUCAGAAAUAUUUUCAUCGCCUAAAUAUGUCGAACACGAAGUAUGAAAACUACACUUUUUAUUCUAUAGCUGUGCACUGUCGAUGGAGGCAGGAAAUUUGAGGGAUUUAACAAAUUCCUUUUGGUUCAUGAAACCUGCUGUUUGUUUCAUUUACAAAUAGUGGGCAUAUAAGGUUGAGUGAAGCGAAAGGUCAGAACACUUUUGUUCACGACAUCUUUUAUAAAGGGUUAGUAACAAGUUCUUAGAAUUCGAGGAUCGCAUAAUCUUCCCAUUUUAUUGCGAAAUCUCCUUCAUCUCGAGUCUCAAAUUUUUUCAUACAGCCUGACAGUAUGAAAAUAGGCUGGCGUUAUCGUUGUUAGCAACGAUAGUUUGUGCACAAGGCUCUUGCGUGAAUGGAAUUCAUGGACUAAUCUUAGUUACACUUCAGCAAAAAAUAUGUUUUGUGUAGAGGAAAUUGUUUAGUCUUGUUCCUGCAUGGCGGACAAUGAUCCCCGCCCUCAGGCGGGUGUCGAAUAUUUAUCAUCUACCAUCACUUGUUUCAUGUACAGGUUUUUAACAUUCCUUCAGCAAAAAAUGUAGCUUUCCACAUUUUGACUUUGAAAAUUUUGAAUUUAUGUAUGAAUAUUGUGCCCUUUCUCUAAUUUAAUUUCUGGCAGCAAAUUUUCCGAAUCUAAACAGUGCCUCAGAGAUCUCAUAACAACUCGCUGUCCAAGUGGGAGCAGAACAUCUUCGCUUGAGUUCGCUUUGAUAUUUGAUGAUUACAAUCCUUUUUGCUGGAGAGGCACUGAUCAAGAACAAGGUACUCCCAUAAUUAGCCCCUAUGAUAAUAAUUUACUUUUUAUUGUAGACUUGUUAGAAGCCCUUUUUUGACCAUUCCAGUCUGCAUGAAAGAGCAAAAACUUGUGCCUAUUUUGAGACAAUGAUAUGGGAAUUGUCGUAUCCAAUGUCACUGCGUACCUACCCCUCCCCUAACUCAACAUUAACCCUAAACUUGUUAUGAGUUGAACAUCGUCGAGUUAGGGGAGGGGUAGGGGCGCAGUUGCUCAGAUAUGACAUUGAUCCAAAUUUUUGCUCAAAUGAACUCCAGUUUGUAUCUCAAAAGAGCAUUUCUAAAGCUAAAAAUUGAUUUCCAAAUCAUGUAAAUAAACCUUUUUAGCCUUAGGAAUGCUUAGCAUCUAAUUUCUUCUUAAACUACUGAAUCAGUCAGUAAGGCCACGUGAAUAAGGAAAUGCUCAGCAACUGAAGAAGCUCUUGAUUUUUAAUAGUAUGGAGAGUUUGAAAGGAGAAGAUGUAUACUGAUGUCGAAAGGGUUUGAAGCGAAAAGACUUAUUUUACUGCGCAUUAGAUAUUGCAUAUCCAAUAUCAUAAUUUCACUUUUUUUAUGGAAGUCAUGCGCGUAAUCAGUCUAUGUCUUAACUAUUUUUCUUUUUAUUGUGGUCUUUUACUCUUCUUUCUCAGAUGCAGCCCUCCCGUCGCCUACAGAAGAAUUGAGCGACCCAUGUUUAGCUGAAUUUCCAGCAGCUCCGUUAUUAUUGCGAUCAAAAGGAAGACCUCUUUCUCAAUCUCAUUCUCUAUCGUUUGUCUUUUUUUACAAUCUUCUUGGCUACUUGACAAUGUGGAUAAGUCCUCUAAAUCAGAGGUAAUGCGAAAGCAAAAAUCCUCUAGAUUAAUUGUACGUACUGGUUUGCAGCAAUAUUUAAUAAAGCAUCAUAUUUAAUUUAAGUAAAUGAAUGCCGUUAAAAGCCAGAAUAGUUGUCUUUGUUGAGAACAGUACUUGUGUUUCAUGGUUUCUUUGGUUCAUUUCACAUAACAAAAGGACGCAAACAAACAAGCAAAUAAAUGACAAAUAGUGAUGAUUGUUUCCCAUUCUCCUUGGAAGGUUCCGGCUAACUUUGAACGGUUGCGUAGGAUGUCCGACGGUUCAUCUGAUUUCAGACAGUUUCCUUUGAUUUCGGAGAGUUACGUCUGAUUUCGGAUAGCUCCGUUUGAUUUCGGAGAGUUCCGUUUGAUUUCGGAUAGUUUCGUUUGAUUUCGGAUAGUUCCGUUUGAUUUUGGAUAGUUUCGUUUGAUUUCGGAUAGUUCUUUUUUAAUUUAAGUCGGUUCUGUCGGAUUUUGGACUCUUCCGUCCGAAACGGUUUCAGUUAGAAGACCAAAAUCGGAACAGAACAAUUUUAUUUUUAAUAUCGGACAAGCAAUAAAACACAACUCUUAACUAUUACAGACUGGCUGCCUCGAACAGCUCUCGAGGCAAUUUGCUGUCUAUGCUAUACAUGCGUAUAUUAACAUUAUUAUUACACUACUAUAAAGGUUUUUGUGUCGGUUGAAAUUAAACAGGGC